ACAAUUUGUUCUUCUGAGGUUUAUAAACUGUGACUGGCCUUCGAUAAUGUGACAGUUGUAAGGUUUGCACAAUCACACACAACUAGUUGGUGACCUAAGUUCGCUAUGGCUGCCUCAGCACCGACUCAAGAGAAACAAUAUUACGAUGCCAAGGACGCCCCAAAGUUAUUUGAACAGUUUACCAAGGAUCAUAACAGGAACUACAAGGAUGAAGAGGACAAAAAGAUUCAUUUCGAAGCAUUCAAAGUUAAUUUAGAAAAAAUAAACGAAUUGAAUGCUAAAAGUCCUUCAGCGACGUAUGGUAUUAAUAAAUUUGCCGAUUAUACCGAUGAAGAGAGAAAACAGAUGUUUGGAGUAAGGCUGCCAUCUAAUUGAAGACGUGAAACUGUGAUACUUGAUUUUUGUAAUUGUUAUUUUUAUAAAUAUAUACAAUUAUGUAAAAAUAAUCAUAAAACAUUUAUAAUUAGUAAGUGCAUAUAAAAAGUUCAAGUAACUCAAAUGAUAUUAUAAAAUGUUUAAAAAGUAAAUUAUGAAUCAUAAAUAAUAUAUGUUAUGAAAUAUGUAUCA